AUGCCUGGGACCUCCCGUGCCUGGAGGCACGAGUACCUGCUCUCCGUGCUGCUGGAAGACACCGACGCGCUGCUGCUCGGCCUGCGCUACUCGCCGGCGCGGCUGCACUUCCUGUUCCUGCGCGAGGACGCGGCCGGCGCCUGGCAGACCCGCGUGUCGUUCCGCAGCCCCGCGCUCGCCGACGGCCAGUGGCACACGCUGGUCCUGGCCGUGUCCGCAGGCUCCUUCUCGCUCACCACGGACUGCGGCCUCCCGGUGGACGUAGCCGCCGAUGUGCCCUUCCCAGCCACGCUGUCGGUGGGAGGAGCCCGGUUCUUCAUCGGCAGCCGGAGGAGAGCCAAGGGGCUGUUCACGGGCCUAGUAAGGCAGCUGGUCCUGCUGCCGGGCGCGGAUGCCACGCCGCGGCUGUGCCCCAGCAGGGAUGCCCGGCUCGCCGUGCUGGCCAUCCCUCAGGUGCUGCAAGACCUCGCAGGGAGGCCGGAGGACAACGAGGUGCUGAAAUAUCCCUAUGAAACCAACUUGAAGGUGACGCUGGGGUCCCAGCCGCCGUGUACCAAGGUGGAAGACGGCCAGUUCUGGUUGGAUGUUAGCCGGAAGGGGCUGUACCUGUGUGUCGGCGGCAAGUGGGUCUCGGUGCUGGCAGCCAAAGAGAAGCUGGACUACGUGGAGGAGCACCAGCGACUGCCCACGCACUCGGAGACGCUGGGCAUCGAGGUGUUCCGCAUCCCUGAGGUGGGGCUCUUCGCAGCUGCGGCCAAUCGCAAAGCCACCUCCGCCAUCUACAAGUGGACGGCCGGCCGCUUCGUGGCCUACCAGAGCAUCCGCACGCACCAGGCACAGUCCUGGAGGCACUUCAUCAUCGGCAAGCAGAUCUUCCUGGCCGUGGCCAACUUCGCACCCAAUGACAGGGGCCAGGAGUUCUCGGUCAUCUACAAGUGGAGCGCCAGGAGGCAGAAGUUCACCCCGUACCAGCGGAUCAGCACCCACAGCGCCCGGGACUGGGAGGCCUUCCAGGUGGACGGGGAGCACUUCCUGGCCGUGGCCAACCACCGGGAAGGUGACAACCACAACAUCGACAGCGUCAUCUACAAGUGGAACCCCCGGACCCGCCUGUUCGAGGCCAACCAGACCAUCGCCACAUCGGGUGCCUACGACUGGGAGUUCUUCACCGUGGGGCCCUACUCCUUCCUGGCCGUGGCCAACACCUUCAACGGCACCUCCACCAGGGUGCACUCCCACCUGUACAUCUGGCUGGUCGGCUCCUUCCGCCUUUUCCAGUCCUUCCUGACGUUCGGCGCUGCAGACUGGGAGGUCUUUCGAAUUGGGGAGCGGCUGUUUCUCGCCGUCGCCAACAGUCACAGCUAUGAUGUGGAGAUGCAGGCGCAGAACGAUUCCUAUGUCAUCAACUCGGUCAUCUACGAGCUGAACGUCACCGCACAGACCUUUGUCAAGUUUCAGGACAUUCCCACCUGCAGUGCCCUGGACUGGGAGUUCUUCUCCGUGGGAGAGGAUUACUUCCUGGUGGUUGCAAACUCCUUUGAUGGGAGCACCUUCCUGGUGAACAGUAUUAUUUACAGGUGGCAGGGCUACGAGGGCUUCGUGGCCGCCCACAGCCUGCCCACCUUCGGCUGCCGGGACUGGGAGGCCUUCAGCACGCCUGCCGGCUCCUACCUCAUCUACUCCAGCGCCAAGGAGCCCCUGUCCAGGGUCCUGCGACUCAGGACCGGCUGACCGGAACCCCGCGGCCGCCUCCGCCGUGCCGGCU